CCAUCUUGGGACCUGUCGCCGGGUGCCGUCCCCUUUCAGAGGGCCCCUCCUGGACACUUUGUGCUCCUCUGUGGUCCGGUGCCUCGGUGGUGUGGGGUGAGCCAUAGUGAGGACUUGGGAUGCCCGGGAAGCUGGAGAUGGGAUCGGUGUCAUUUGAGGAUGUGGCUGUGGACUUCACGUGGCGGGAGUGGCAGGAGCUGGAUGCUUCCCAGAGGACCCUCUACAGGGAUGUGAUGCUGGAGACCUACAGCAGCCUGGUGUUUGUGGGGCACUGCACAACUAAACCCGAGUUAAUCUUCAAGUUGGAGCAGGGAUUUGGGCCUUGGAGUAAAGCAGAAGCCUCAGUCUGGAACGUUCGAGGUGUUAAAAAAGCAUGUGUCCCGAUUGAGACCAUCCAGGAAAAUGAAGAAAGACAUUGUUGUGAAGUGAAAACCACCAGCAGCAGUAUAUCAAAUGAAGAGGUGGCUGAAGCACAAUUAAAGGUUCAGUGGAAAAUUCAGCAAGGAGCAAAAUCCAAUUCAUGUGUGGAAACAUACUGCCAAAGGCCACAGCACAAGAAGCGUCACACAUGUGGGAAACACUGUGAAUAUAGGGACUGCUGUGGAGCUGUCCAUGAUAAGUCAACACUCACAGAACACCAGAGAACUGAAACUAAAGAGAAGACCUACGAGUGUAAACAAUGCAGGAAAGGUUUCUACCACAAGUCACAUCUCUUUCGACAUCAGAGAACUCACACCGGAGAGAAGCCCUAUGGGUGUGAAGAGUGCCCAAAAGCCUUCUACCACAAGUGCCAUCUCAUCCAACACCAGAGAACUCACACCGGAGAGAAGCCCUAUGGGUGUGAAGAAUGCAAGAAAACCUUCCGCCGGAAGUGGCUUCUAACUUUACAUCAGAGAACUCACACAGGAGAGAAGCCUUAUGGAUGUAAAGAAUGUAAGAAAGCUUUCUUUUACAAGUCCCACCUCACUCGACAUCAGAGAACGCAUACGGGUGAGAAGCCCUAUGAAUGUGAUGAGUGUAAGAAAGCUUUUUGGCAGAAAUCAAACCUUACUGCACACAAGAGAAUUCAUACCGGUGAGAAGCCCUAUGAAUGUAAAGUGUGCAUGAAUGCUUUCUACAACAAGUCAAACCUCACUUUACAUCAGCGAACUCACACAGGUGAGAAGCCCUAUCAGUGUAAAGAAUGCCUGAAAGCUUUCUACAGCAAGUCAAAACUCAGUCGACAUCAGGCAACUCAUGCAGGUCACUGCUUCUGUCAACUACAAUCCGCCAUGGGAGGAAACUUCCUCUUUUCAGUGGUGUACCACAAAGCCUCAUAACCACCUGAACUCCUGAGGCUAAGUGACUAUUGUGACAUUCUGAUCCAAUGCUCAAUCACAGAUGGAGGAAAAUAAUCAGACAUCUAUGCCAUCCAUCUAACCCUCAGGGAAUGUUCUGGAAGAGGUGGCUUAAAAGAAUGAAAAGUCACAAACAGCAAGUGAAGACAAACCUGAAUAACCUGACCCUGAAAUGCAUCAGAAUCUGUCCACAGUCUGGAGAAGGUGUCAGCAUCCUACUGAUCACAUCCAUUGGCAGAGAUGUGUUGGUAUAUGUCUUAGUUAGGGUUAUUAUUGCUGUGAAGAGACACCAUGACCAUAGUAACUCUUAUAAAGAAAGACAUUUAAUAGGGGGGAUUAUAGUUUCAGAGAUUUAGUCCAUUGUCAUCAUGGUGGAACAUGAUGGGGAACAGACAGACAUGGAACUGGAUCUGAGAGUCCUGCAUCUUGAUUGGCAGGCAACAAGAAGUUAACUGAGAUACUGUGUCUGGAGCAUAUAUGAGACAUCAAAGCCCACCCACAGUGACACACUAUUUCCAACAAGGCCAUAGCUACUCCAAAAAUGCCACACUUCCUGAUAGUGCCACUCACAAUGAGCUUAUGGGGGCCAAUAACAUUCAAACUACCACAGUAUGUAACCUCUACUAACUCCAAAUCAGUUUAGUGAACAGUUGAUACUAUGUUUUAGCAGUAAAUAAUUAGUGGCAGCUAGUGUUUUGUUUGAAGUUCCUUCAUUUUUGUUUUUAAUUCUCCUAACACAGUAGCCAUGUUUUAAAGUAUUAAUUCUUCUCAUUAGUCAGAUUGAGUCAUGGAGCUUUGAAAGAAACUUUGAGACAAAAAUGGUUGGGUCUGAGGUAGGCAGGCCAAAUCCCAUCUCAGAGAUGAAACAGCACAUGGCAAUAUAUUUUUUAACAUUAUCCAUACCAGAAGAACAUUUGAACCAGACAUGUAAAGUACUCAGGAAGUGGUGGCAUCUGUGCAUUUACAACCAACAAGUAGAAACAAAAGCAGGAGUGUCCAGGCUUGGUAAGGAAGAAACAAAGGCAGACCACAGGCAUAAGGCAAGAACACAAAAAAUGUCCUAUCUCAGAGGAAGCUGGCUUGGGGACCUAAUGUUAUUGCAGGCUCCUGUGUAAUAUUCUCAAAGGCCUUUGGCUGUUUGAACUGAGUGUAGAGCCCAUUGGCUUUCUCUGCUAGCAUUGUCAAAGGAUGACAUUUCUAAUAACAUCUCUCUAAGAUCAGACUCAGAAACAGUCUCUUCAUGCCACCAAGUCCUGAAAUGAAGGAAUUCAACAGGUUCAAACAAGUCAUAACCAGCUUGCUCCAGUCAUGGGGGAGAGUUGCUCUGUUUCAGCUAUACCUGUCAACAAUCCCAUCAUACAUGGAGAUGUAAGUCUGAAAGAGGAGAUGGUUUGUUUUAAAUCCUUAAGUAUCCUAAAGGGAAUAGGUCCCUGUUGUGCUCAUAGUCCCUCUUAGGAAAAUUAUCAACUCUGGGUCUAAAGGGUUAGAAAUGUAUUGGCACUUCAAAGAGGCACAGAUAGGUACGCCACAGGGUCCUCUUACUCUUGAGCUAACUGAGUCCCAGGGCUCUUGCAGAAGCACCAAGUGCAGGGAUGCAGAGGAAUGAAUGGGGACCAGAGAACUUUUCAUCUUCUUAGUCAUCAAGGGAGGCAGAUCACUGGGAUCCAGUGAUGGGGUUUUCUUCUGUACAUAUGUUUCUCUUAAUGGUUGAUGAAUAAAACACUGUGGCCAGUAGGGCAGCAAGAUAGGUGGGUCUAGGAGAUGAGGAGGAUUCUGGGAAGUGUAGGCAGAGA